AUGGCCUUGAAUCAAACUCCUGACGAGCCCGAGUAUCCCAAGAUCGAUCCUCCUGGCGGGUCGCCCAAGCAUCCUCCCAUGCCACACAGGCCUGUGGGCGGCGAAAGGCUACCGAUCAACCCUCCUGGAAAAAUUCAUACCUCUGUUCACUCUGACCCGAAGAAAGGAAAGAGGGAAGGCACAUGCGACGAGCAGGCUGGCUAUACAAACCAAUUCAAUCCAGCCAGACCAGAUCCUAGAGUUGGGCAGUUGAUUGCACCAAACAUCUCCCAACAGGCUCCGCCUCUUGAGGGGUAUUACGCCCCCACGCUCAGGUCCUGGGGUAUCAGAGGCCAGAAUCAGAGACCUUCCCAGCCACCGACCCAGGGAAUCACUGGAUAUUCCAGCUGGCCCUCCAUUCCAUGCCCAUGUGGCGGCAAGAAGACUAUACGCGAGCUCAAAGAGUCCUACGAAAAUGAGCUGGAUCGCCGCGACGCGGAAAAAGCAUGUAUGAAGGCUGACAUGGAGAAAGAGCGCGAAGAACAGCUCCAGGUGAUCAGCACCAUGAAAUCAACCAUUCAAGGGCUCAGGCUUGUCAUUCGGGAAGCCCAGCUGGCGGGGAUUCAGCAAAGCUCCCAGGCAUCUUGGACGUCCGAGGACGAGAGCAGGCUCGCCGACACGCUCGGGGACCUCAACAUAAAUGUCUCGCGUUGGGUCAACAAGUACCACGGGGGGGUUCUGCAGUCGCUGGGGAAAGACGAAGAGACCGAAAUCCUGGACUCCUGGGCUACGGUCACGGACCUUGUGCAGCACGGCACCCCACACUGGUUGUUUGACCCAGCACAGCCAGCCACCGAGCGCAUCUUCACUGUCAUCCUCACAGCCUUGGUGUCGAGAGAUCUGUUCAUGAAGACGUUUGGAAACCCGUUCUUCUUUCUCGCCUUUGAUGCAGCCAAUAACGACCAGGGAGAAGGGCAGAGCACCGCAACGAAGAUUCUAGACAAGCAAGACACGUGCCACAUGCUCGUGGACAGAAUACUCAGAAACGCGAGCCCCAAGGAGGCACACGAGUGGCGGGCCCAGGCCUUCCGACAUCUGUUUCCCAAGGCAGCCGAGGCCCAGCCUGGCGUUCUGGAUGCAACCCUAAGUUCUCUUGAGCUAGCCAGUGCAUCCCUUGCCAAUGCAUUCGUGGAGGGCCCGGCGAGGCAUCUCCUGCGGACCUUGGACCAAGACAUGGAGAAAUCCGAAUGCAUCAAGAGCCUCAAAGAUCUCUACUAUUGCGCCGGGGAGCUAUCUACCACUAUGCAGCGCUGUCUGCCGGAGGUUAGCGUUGUAGACCCGAAAAAGCUAAUCUAUCAGCCCUUUUCUGUGUACGAGAGGUCUACUGAGGCCCAUAGAGCCUACGGGCUGAUAGACGACGAUGAUGAGAAGCUGGAUGGCAAGAGGAUUAGUCUUGUGAUGAAUCCGACCAUCCGCCUCCGGGGAAAUGACGACGGCGAGGGGUACGAGACAGACCGGGUUCUCGUCAAGUCUUGCGUCAUGUUGGAUGGUUGGGCGGACGGCGAGGCUCACAGCUGA